GGAAGACUCGUCUUUCUCGCAUGUCACGAUGGUUCACACGGCAAGUCUUCCGCUGCUUCAAGACCGUUGAACGCAUCGGCGACAGAAUCACGGGUGCUGCCGGGCCCGUCUUCGUCGCUCUAGCCGUCGUGCUGCUCUCCAUCGGCGCGUUCUGCUUCUUCGAGAUCAUCCAGCCGUCCCUCCCCUACAAAUGGCUCACGACGCCCAUAUGCAUCGUCAUCGCUCUCAACCUCUUCGGGCACUACUAUUACGUCUGCACGGUACCGCCCGGAUUCGUGGACGACUCGCCCCGCGUUCCAGGGACGGGUGUACUUUGGGCAAAGAAGAGGCGUUCGGCGAGGUACAGGGCGCUGACAGGUGUGAGGUGGUCGGAGGAGCUGCACAUUACGCGCGCAGCGUCUUCCAAGUGUAGGCGGUGUGGGGUCAUGCGCCCAGAGGUGAGUCGCUUUCGAGAUAUCAGGUUGAACAUGGUAGGGAAGAGCUGGAAGCUGAGGCACGAUUGUGAGAGGUCGCAUCACUGCAGAAUAUGUAAUCGCUGCGUGCUGAAGUAUGACCAUCAUUGUCCGGGGAUUAACCAAUGCGUGGGCAUCCACAACGAGCGACAUUUCGUCCUGUUCCUUGUGUACAUGGUCGUCUCGACCGCGUGUUUCAUAGGCUUUGGCUGGCGAUUCGUCCUCGUCGCGUUAGGCUGGUUCGACCAACCGUGGCCAUAUCUUGCACCGCCCGUGUGCUUCCUCCUGACGUUCAUCCUGGCGGGCGUGCUCUGCAUGGCCGUUACCGCAAUGGCUGGCUGGCAUAUUUACAUGAUCGCUUGUGGAGAGACAUCCGUCGAGAGCCAGGAUCACGAGCACUAUCGCAGGAUCGCUAAACAGCGAGGGGAAACCUUCGUCAAUUCUUAUGAUAUGGGGUACCUCAAGAAUCUUCAACUCUUCUUCAACAUUGGCCAGGAUGGCUACCCAUACUACACGCUCCUACUGCCUUUACGCGUUGAGCCUUAUACCGACGGUCGCGCGUGGGCAAGACGACCGGGUCUCCAAUCACAUGGGGGUGUCCAUCCCGGUGAAGAACUGACAGACGAGGACGAGGAGUGAUUCUCCCCACGCCUUCAAGCUGCAAUGCAUGCCUGCUAUCGACGCUAUCGCACUUCAUAUUAUUAUAUCAGCCAAAGUC